AUUAAGCGUUCAGAAGAGUUAAGAGUGUUCAUUUGCUACGUUAAUCAGAGAGAAUUUCCAGGGAAUUAUUACAGCAUCAGAAAUAACCAGAGAUAGAGAUGGCACAGAUACACAUUCCAGAGGAAGAGAUUGGCGUUGCUUUCUCUGGUGGUGGAAUUCGCUCUGCUGCAUUGAGCUCAGGUGUGUUGCGAAGGCUUCUACAUCGUGAAGUUAAAUUUGGUUACGUGAGCUGCGUCUCAGGAGGAAAUUACACAGCCGCUGCCUACUUGGACUGGAAAUACAGACACGAAAGAACGGAUGAUCCGGAUUGGCAUAAAAUUUUUUUUGAGCACAUACGAAGCAGAGCUGGUUACUUAUGCAACUGGAAAAAUCCAUUACAAGGCAUUUUAGAGAGCAUCAUACUGGUUUUUCUGGUGAUCACAGUCAAUCUCCUCAUACCCUGCAUCAUCUAUAGCGCUGGCGCUAUUCCAUCUGCCUACGUCAUCGAUUACGUGCUUGGCGCGGUCAUGCGCAAAGGCUUCAAUUGCAGUGAUGUCCCUCAAACUUCAAAAGGACAGAACACUUCAGUGAGACAUUGCACUCAACAAUUUGAGAUCGGUCAUCCAGAGGUGCGCGAGCAGUUUUACUUGUUCUCUUGCCUAUUCCUCGCAUUCCUCGUGUCCUACUUAAUCAAGACCAUCGUUCCCACGAAACGUCGCUCGAUUGCCCGUUACUUCAAGAUUUUAUCCGGGUUACUGCUUGCUUUGACUUUCUUCCCCUGGUUAAUACAACAGUCUACUGGGAUGUUACCCAACUGGUUGAAUGCGCUGAUAAUCUUCCUUAGCAUCUUCUUUUGGCUGGGAUUUCCACCACUAAGAGGCGAAGUAUCCCUAGUACUUAUGGUGUACUUUUAUGCAUUCGUUGUGAAGUGGCGAGUGUAUGAGACAAGUGUUCUGGGUAUCGUGUAUGAGGAGCAACUUUUUUACAUUCUCCUCCUUAUUUCUGGAUUUUUCUUAUGGUUAACUCCUUUCGUUGGAAUGUUCAGCACUACGGCAGUUUUUGUAUACUACAGGU